AUGGCCACGCCGUCCACUGAGGAGAGAGAGCUCGCGCUCGUCGACAAGGUCGACUUCCGGAUCCUCAACGUUGCCAACAAUGAGAAGAAGCUUCAGGAUCUGCUGUCAAAGUUUCUCGUCCCGCUUCUUCUCAAAGGUGCCAGUGAGCAUGCGUCUGUUAGGGCCAAAGUAGCCACAGUGGCCCAGCGCUUGAAGUUGUUCAUCGCACCGCCAGGCAUCGUUCUGCCGGUUGCUGCCCUCGUGCAGCAGUUCAAGAUCACGGACUCUGCAGUUGUGAGACAUCUCGAUAUUGUGUUCAUCCAGCACAGCAUUGGCCGACUGUCCGACAAAGAGCGUCGUGAGGUCAUACCGAUUAUCCUUAAGGGCAUAGCCAACGUAAACUCCAGCACGCCGGCACUGUUUGGGAUUCUACUGCAGGCGCUUCCCUCGUUGAAGAUCCCCCCUCGGGGUUCGACCGAGGAUGCGGCCUUUCAGGAGGCCAUGGGCCUUACAGACCCAGCAGACGCGGCCUAUGUCGCGGACCGGUUCGGCGACCUCUUCCUCCUAUCUCGUUCCCACGGUGCCCUCUCGAACGGGCGAGACAGCGGCUACGUGGACUUUUUCUCCUUUGAGCAGCCCGACUCGUGGUUGUGCACUGGUCCCAAUUUGGCGGAGACGCGAAUCCGGGCGGUUGGCUUUCUCGUUAGCGGUGCCUUUACCGACGAGCAGAGAUAUAUGGCAUCUCUGUAUGCCUCCGGCCACAAGGACAGCCGUGUCUCGACUAUAGGCGAAGAGCUUCUGAAGCGGAGCACUGUCUCUCUGGAGAACAAGGAUAUUGUGGCCAAGCUCUUCAAGGCCCAUUCUCUAGCCCCCAUGUCCUAUCGCAUCCGAAUCUUGAAUCUACUCUGCAAAUCGGCCAUCGCGGCCUCUUCUCCAGCUGAAAUUUUGGUGCUGGUCAAGCGGGACUUGAGGGCGACGAGCGCCGAUGCUGAUUCGUAUGACAGAGAGAUUAGGACUUCCGAGGGAGGAUUGAUCCUCAUGAGGCUAUACACGCUCAUCGUCUCCGGGGGCCUGGAACUCUCGAAGCUCCACCGGGCAUUGUUUGAGUUUAUCAACUGGGUUGCGCGCAUGAACUCGGGCAAGGAGUUUGUUAUUGGCCGGCACCUCAUCGCAUGUUUGCAGAGCUACAUCACUAGUCAGGGUUGGCCCAGUCCGGAGCAGGAGCUGAAGUCGAUGGAGAAACUGCGGGCUCAGGCGUAUGAGACCAUUGGCAUGUUGACAAAGGGCGCGCUACUGAAUUUUGACGAGCAGCUCGCCCUCGCCGCAUGGCUCUUCCGCUCACUGAGCGAGGACUCUGUGAACUCUGUUGUUGUCAAUAUUGACGGUGCGCUUUCGAGCAUGACGUCCAUAUUUUGGCCCAAAGGCAAGGGGCCUGACCGUGAAGAUGACGAUAUCAAGCUCCGAAAGCUCCUACUCAAGUACAUCUACCAGUCUGAUCACGAACCCUUCGUGCGACGAAGCGCGAGGCACGCGGCAGCAAAGUGGGCAAACAACUGCUUGCCUUUCUCCGACCCUUUUGCCAGGUGGAUCGACAUUCUUGCUGCUGCGGGAUGUCCGGGAGAACGCAGUGAUGUGGUCGAAGAGGGCCUGAAAGGACUGGAUCCAUGGACCUAUUACAGCAACGAUGCAGGUUCUCUGGUGUUGCCGAAGUGGGAAGAACUGGUGCAUACGUUCUUCAUAGUGUCUCCGGAAUCUCUCAACGAGCACGAGGUGAUCUACAUGAGCAGCAUGGAGGUCGGCGGAUCGCCGUUCGAGAAGUUCUCUCUUGAGAAAAUGGGUGCCUUCCCGCUGGCGGUCGACUACUGCAAGCGAAUACUAUUUCUAACGGCCCUGCCGGAUUUCAAAGUAGGGCCCGGCUGGGAACAGCAAAUCGGUACGCUCGUCCGCACGGACAAAAAGAGCCGGGACACGAUUCGGAAAUACUUGAAAAGCGCCCCAGAGCAGAGACUGUUCGAACUCCUGUACGUGGCCCUCGAAGGCAUGAUACAGGAGAAGCCGGCCAUUGCAGAGAAGUGUGGAGAGUGCUUCGUCGAGCUGGCCUCGCUGUCUCCUCGCGACUGCGUUUCCAGCUUGGCCGGACGGGCUAUUGAGCUGAUGGCGCUGGUCAAAUCGAACAAGAAAGAAAUCCGCAGUCUAGGCGCGACAGCGAUCGGCAUUCUCGGAGCCCAUCCAGCAAACGACGACGAUAGCUUAGAGAAGCUGAAGGCGACUCUUGUGGACACUGCUCGGCAGUGGAGAACUGCGGUCGGAUCGGAGCUGAAUGCCACGGAGGGUGCAUUUUUGGCUCUGGGCCAUCUUCUGUCACGGCUAGUGCUCUACGAUAGCGACCGGGCAAAGCGCUUUGUGCUUGACGCCUCUUCACUCUUCCCCAGGCCAGCGGAGAUAUCGAGUGGCUCAGAGUCUUUCAAGGACAGUCUUUUCGACGCCCUCAGCCAGAUGUGGACGGCAGGUAUAUACGGGAACAGUGCAGCGGACACGGCAGCAUUUGUUGAUGUUAUGAGCACGCAGGCAAAGAAGGCGAACGAGCGUUGCAUCACGGCACUAGGACGGCUGGCGAUUGCUGUUGGAAGCGAUGUGGCGUCUGAGGAGAAGGAUACAGAGACAGAGACAGAGGAUGACACGACGCAGUUGAUUCUUGGCAAGCUCUAUGAUCUGUACGAGGUCAAGCAGGUGGAGGUGCACUUUGCGAUUGGCGGUGCCAUCACAGCGGCGGUGGCCUGUUGGGACUCUGAAGUGGUAGAGCUGUCACUGGACGUGGAGGAGGGCGAGGAUGUGUCGUUCAAGAGGCACAAGCGGCCAGUCAGACUCGCGGCGGCGCUGGACAAAAUUCUGAAAGACAGCAAGACGACAAAGCCGUCUCUGCUAAAAGCGUCGGGGAUCUGGCUGUUCAGCCUGAUUCAGAACUGCUCGCACCUGGCGGAGGUGCAGUUGCGGCUGCGAGAUUGCCAGACAGCCUUUAUGAGGCUGCUCAGUGCGCGGGAUGAGCUGGUGCAAGAGACAGCAUCUCGCGGGCUCGCGCUAGUGUACGAGAAGGGAGACGAGUCGCUCAAGGGCGACCUUGUGCGAGAUCUGGUGGCGUCGUUUACGGGAUCGAGCACGCAGCUCAAGGUGGACGACGACACGGAGCUGUUUGAGGCCGGAGCUCUGCCGACGGGCGAGGGCAAGUCGGUCACCUCGUACCGUGAUAUUGUCAACCUGGCCAACGAGGUGGGCGACCAGACGCUCAUAUAUAAGUUUAUGUCGCUGGCGUCCAACGCGGCCACAUGGUCGACGCGGUCAGCGUUUGGACGGUUCGGGCUCAGCAACAUCCUAUCCGAGUCGGAAGUAGACCCGAAGUUGUAUCCGAAGCUGUUCCGGUACCGAUUCGACCCGAACCCAAAUGUGCAGCGGUCGAUGAACGACAUCUGGAAGGCACUGGUGAAGGACUCGAGCGCGGUGAUCGAGGCGCACUUUGGGGCGAUCAUGGAGGACCUGCUGAAGAGCAUUCUGGGCAAAGAGUGGCGGGUGCGAGAGGCGAGCUGCGCGGCGGUGGCAGACCUGGUGCAAGGGCGGCCAUUUGUGCAGUACGAGAAGUACUACGAGGAGAUCUGGGCGAAGGCACUCAAGGUGCUGGACGAUGUCAAGGGAUCGGUGCGUGAGGCGGCGCUGCGGCUGUGCAUCACUCUGUCGAACACGCUGGUGCGUCAGCUGGAAGAGGGGAAGCAGGGCGGCAAUGCACAGGCAAUGAUGAACGAGGCGCUGCCAUUCCUGAUGUCGGAGAAGGGGAUCGAGAGCGGGGUGGAGGACGUGAAGAUCUUUGCGACAGUGACGGUGCUGAAGAUUGCGAAACACGGCGGAAAAGCACUGCGGCCGUACAUUGCGGCGAUGGUGCCGCACUUGCUGGGACUUCUGAGCACGAUCGAGCCGCAGGCAUUCAACUACUAUUACAUGCGGUCGGGCGAGGACGGCAAGGAGAAGCUAGACAAGAUGCGCAGCGCGAUGGUGUCACAGUCGCCCAUCUCGGAGGCAAUCGACAACUGUCUGCGCAACGUGGAUGGCAGCGUGAUGGAAGAGCUGGCACCGGGCCUGGAGACAGCGAUGAAGACGGCGGUGGGGAUGCCGACGAAGAUCGGGUGCAGCCGGGUGCUGUCGACGCUGGCGACACGACACACAACCGAGUUUGGGCCGUUUGCCGGCCGACUGCUGCGACAGCUGGAAAAGCAGGCGCUGGACCGGAACGACGAGGUCAGCCAGAGCUACGCCAAGGCGGCGGCGUACGUGAUGCGUUGCGCGCCCGACGAGGCGCGAGUGCACUUUGUGGAGCGGUUUAUCGAGCUGUACUUUGGAUCGGAGGACGAACAUCGACGGCAGAAGGUGGCGGACGCAGUUUUGGCGCUGUCAAAGAUGUCGCCGGACCACUUCAACGCGCUGGAGGGGCGGCUGCUGCCGUUUGCAUACGUGAGCAGCCAUGACCCAGACGACUACGUGCGCAAGGCGAGCGAGGAGGUGUGGAGCAAGCACGCGGGCAGCAGCCUGAGCGUGGCGCGAUACGUGCCGGAGAUCGCAGAGCUGGUGCGGCGCAGCCUGGAGACGGCGCAGUGGGCACUGAAGCACGCGGGUGCGCUGACGGCAGCAGACGCGGUGAAGGCGGUGCUGGGGGCGAGCAGCCUGAGCGGACAGGUCAACGAGGGACAUCUGCGACAGCUGUGGCCGCUGUACGAACGCGGGCUGGCGCUUAAGACGUUUGCCGGCAAGGAGGCUCUGCUGGCAGCUCUGCCCGACUUUGUGGCCAAGAGCCGGGCGCUUUGGAUGGCGGACAGCAAGAUGGCGGCGGCCCUGCGCAAGAUCGUGCUGGUGGAGGCGAAGCGCAACAAUGCCGAGUACCGGGUGGACGCGUUCCAGUGUCUGUGGAAAGUGGCGGCAGAGCGGAAGGACAUCGACCUGUGGCCGGAAGCGGUGGCAAUUGUGCGGCCACAUCUGGAGGCGCUGCUGGAGGAGGACACCGGCAAGAAGGAUCGCAUGGAUCUGGACAGCGGCAAGGAUGGGGACAGCAAGAAGAAGGAGGCCGCGAAGCAGGAGCAACUGGUGCGGCAGACGGCCGAGAGAGCGCUCGAUGUGGUCGCCCGCAGCUACAACCGUCCAGGACUCGAGGCAGACGCGCCGGCCAUCCUGACAGCCAUCUGGACGGAGCUGGAGCCGUUCCUGAACAGCGACGCGUCGGUGAUCGUGCGACGGACGACGUGGUACAAGGCAGCCGAAGAUUUGUUUGAGGGAGCGGUGAAAGCGACAGAGAAGGCGAUAGAAGCAGGGAAGCCAGCCAACAACACAUCCGCUAUGAAUCUCAUCCUUGCCUACCUUGGAUCGCUCGACCUGCGCACGGCUGACGCUGGCACGGAGGCGCAGCGGUCGGCGCGGGCAAAAGCCGUCAAGGCGCUCGUGCAGGCGGCCAAAAAGGGCGUAUUUGGGCCGUCUGGAACAGAUGAGGCGCUGGUCAAUGCGCUGGCCGAGAUCAAGACGGUCCUGACAGCAGCACUGGCGUCGGAACGGGCGCUAGAUGUGCAGAAGCUGCUGAAGGAAGCGUUGACAGUUUAG